AUAGAAGAACUUUACAUUAGUCUAAGAAGUCAGGAAAGACGUCGCAAAAAGUGUCUUUGAAGAGUAAAGUCGAGUACGAGGAUGGAAUCACAUGAGAAGGUGGUUGCCACACUGGAAAUUGCUGAGCCCAAGAAACAGAUAAAAGACUUCGAUGACCUGUUACCCCUGGUCGGAGAAUUCGGCUGGUACCAGCGUCUUCUGUUCCUCAUGAUGAUACCCUACGCAUUCUUCUUCGCGUUCGUGUACUUUGGGCAGAUAUUUAUGACGCUGGUGCCUGAGCAGCAUUGGUGCUACGUUGAAGAGCUGCAGAAUAUGACCGUGGAGCAAAGAAGACAUCUUUCUAUCCCCCGCCUUGACGACAAAUACCAUAAAUGCCAAGUGUACGAUGUGGACUGGACGAAAGUAAUACAAGAUGGCGUCUCGGAGCCCGACAUAAAAUGGCCGACCAAGAAAUGCGAGAACCAAUGGGAGUACAACUUCACUGAUGUGCCCUAUGAGACUAUUGCCACACAGCUGAACUGGGUGUGUGACGAGGACAAUAAUGGGGCUACAGCUCAGUCCAUCUUCUUCUGCGGGGCGAUCGUCGGUGGUCUGCUUUUCGGAUGGAUCGCUGACAAAUAUGGAAGAGUUCCAGCUUUGGUCGGUACAAACAUGGUCGGUUUCAUAGCCGGUGUUGGAACAGCAUUCACCAACUCCUUCUGGUCGUUCUGCCUGUGCCGAUUCCUGGUCGGCCUGGCCUAUGACAACUGUUUUAUGGUCAUGUAUAUUGUCGUGAUAGAGUACGUGGGGCUAAAAUGGCGCACGUUCGUCUCCAACAUGUCCAUAGCUAUCUACUUCACAUUCGCGGCCUGUCUGCUACCCUGGAUCGCAUUAGGAGUGGCCGACUGGCGCGUGUAUACCCUGGUCAUAAGCGUGCCUUUAGUGCUGGCUGUGUUCACACCUUGCUUGGUACCGGAGAGCGCCAGGUGGUUAAUAUCUCAAGGCCGUAUAGAAGAGUCGAUUAAAAUACUGCAGAAGUGCGGAAAAGUCAAUGGGAAGAAGUUACCAGACGAGAUAAUUAAGGAAUUCAGGGAGACCGCAACAAAACUCGCAAAAUCAGAACAGGAGACCAAAAACUACUCCGCCCUGGACCUCUUCAAGACCCCCCGUCUCCGCAAGCACAGCAUACUCCUGGUGCUGAUCUGGUGCUGCACGGCCAUGGUCUUCGAUGGCCACGUCAGGAACGUGGGUUCUCUCGGUCUGGACAUGUUCCUGACCUUCACCGUCGCUACCGCCACUGAGUUCCCUGCUGAUGUGCUGCUCAUUUCUGUUUUAGAUAUAUUGGGGCGCCGUUGGCUUGCUUUUGGUUCCAUGGUGAUCAGUGGGAUUUUCAGUUUCCUGGCCACAACUGUAGCUCAAGGCAUACCGUCGGCAUCCCUAGCCAUCGUGGGCCGCUUCGCCGUGAACAUCUCAUACAAUAUCGGCAUGCAAUACGCCGCUGAACUGUUACCCACAGUGGUGAGAGCGCAGGGCUUAGCUCUCAUACAUAUUGCUGGAUAUGUCGCUACUAUACUCGUUCCAUACAUUGUGUAUAUGUCAACAAUUGCUGUCGAGAUCCCCCUCCUGAUCCUGGGCGCCCUGGGCAUCCUGGGCGGGACCCUGUGCCUGUUCCUGCCGGAGUCCAUGGGCAAGGCCAUGCCGCAGGCCAUCCAAGAUGGCGAGGAAUAUGGUCGGGAGCAGAGGUUCUGGGAGUUUCCUUGCUGUGGAAGGAACAAUCUGCCACAUAAAGAAGACGUUGAGAAGUAUUAAAUAAAUCAAGAAUGCAAACAGUACCUAAUAACAGCAACACUCCAAUAACACUUAUAAAUAAGGCAGUAGGUAUAUUACGAUACAAGUGCGAAGUUUCGCAACGAGUGGUAAAAUAUUAAGUGUUUUAAAUCGACACGAGUUGCGAGCUACCUAUUCGCGCGUGUAUCGUAUAACUUUUUACAUAACAAAUAAUGUAAUAUAUGUCCCUUUAAAUUUCGACAUAGGUACUCACAUAAAGUGAUAACCCAGGUAGCAAAAUGACGUCAGCGACGUCAUAAUGACGGCAUUAUUACGUCAUAAUGACGUCGCUGACGUCAUUAUAACGUAUAAAUGCUACUGGGGUAAUUACUGACUCAUAGAGAAAUAAGUAACAUAGUAACAUCAUAACGAGAUACCUUUUUUGUUUGACACGUAUUCCAUUAUUUAUUUAGUUUUAAUUUGACGGUAAUUUUCCAAUACCUUUUAUAAUUGUUAGUUUUUCAUAAUUUGUAUUGUUUUUGAUUUAUCAUUGUUGACAUUUUAUAAUUACAUAUUUGCAUGCUGAAUAAUUGACGAUCAUAAUAUAAAUUCAUAUAGAUUAGUGUUAAGAAUAUUUUAUAUUGUAAUUUAUCAUUAUGAAAGAAAUAAACUAAACUAAACUAUUAGGCAUAGUAACCAUAGUAACAAGACAUUUCUGUCAGUAGAAAAAAGGCGGCAAAUUUUAAAAUAUUUUCGAAAUUUUCUACUGGCAUAAAUAGUGGGUUGGGUUGUGGGGUUGUGUGGGUUCGAUUCAACUAUAACAGCAUUUAUACGUCACUGACGUCAUUAUGACGCCAUAAUUACGUCAUUAUGACGUCGGUAACGUCACUUUGCUACCUGGGAACGGAGCCACGCCGUUUUGUCGCCUAAAUAGUGUUUAGUAUUUAAGUUUAUAAAAUGCAUAUACAUAUAUGUUAGUCUGUAAGGUAUUUGUAAUAUUAGCCUUGUCCGAUUUAAAUUUUUAAAUAAAUAAAUAAAAAUUAUAUGAGUUAUGAAGGUAUCUACAUGUAUUUGAUUGUUACUAUAUGUUGUGUUUUGUUCCUUAAUCAAGUUAAAUUCAAAGAAGUAUUUAGCUUUAUACUAUUGUAUAUAUAUUUUUUCACAAUUUUCUACCGUGGUUGUAUGCUGGAUGGAUAUCUGCCUUUCAUGACUUUAAGGUGGUUUAAGUCAAAAUAACCUCUAGCCUGUUUAUCCUAAAAUUAUUAAAAAAAAUAUUUGAGAUUCUCACAAUAAUAAGUGAUGAUUUGAUAUGUAACACGAUAUAGUUUAAAAACUUUAUUUUUUAAUCUUCUCAUUUACCCCCCAGAAGUGGCCUCCAUGUUUAAAAUUCAUUUGUUUGCGUUACAUGUCCGUCUUUGAUAAGAUAAGAUAAGAUAAGAUAAGAAAAGAUAAUCUUUAUUGGUACAAUACAGGUACACGUCAAAUACAAUCACUCUCUUCACCCCUGUUUGGUUCUUUGGUUCACAAUCUUACAGACUUACAUACGUGUACCAAAUUUCAACUUAAUUGGUCCAGAAGUUUCGGAGAAAAUAGGCUGUGACAGACGGACAGACAGACAGACUCACGAGUGAUCCUAUAAGGGUUCCGUUUUUUUUCUUUUUGAGGUAGGGAACCCUAAAAAUAAAAUAAAUAAGCUUACUUAUAAUUUCUCCAUGCCUGAGUUUAGAUAUAAGUGACCACUGGGAGAUCAAUUUUAAUUGUAAAUUAACUGUAGAAAAUGGGACAGUUGAUAAAAAGUAAAUAAAGAACGUGACGGUAA